UCGUCCGGCAGCGGCCCAGUGUGUUUGCAUGAGUGGCAGAAAACAGCUGGGCUUCUCCUUUCCUGCAAGAAAUUUGGCAUUGGAUGGGUCACCAGUGCAGGAUUACUGCUAGUUCAGGGUCAUGUGGGGAUUUAGAAACUAAAUGCUAAAAGAAGCUGUGAUACAUGGCGACCAAAACUAGAUGCGUAAUACUCCAUAGGGUCAUUAGGAAACAAGACCUUUGGUCCUGGCCAUCUGUAUUUUGUGGCUUGAGCUGCGCCUGCCUGCUGAUGCUUGUGAAAUAAGACAUGUCUAAAAUCCAUCCUGCAGCCACCUCUGUGCAAAUACGGGCUAAGGCCAAAGAUUUGGUUUGGCCUUAAUUUUUCUAGUUUUAUCUGAGAGGCAAGUAGCAUGUUCCAGGUUAUUGAGGCAGUUGCAAAAGUAAGCAUAUUCUGGGACUUCUGAAGGGGUUUUAUGUUAUAUGAAUAGAAGAACUGUUCUUGACCAGCCUUUGGGAAGCAGCCAGCCAAGGGCAAGGAUGCAGACUUUAGCAGUCUUGUGCUGGAAGGAAUUAGUCUUUUCCCAAGCCUUGGUACUUGCAUCCCUUGCUACAGGGCCCAGACAAAAUAAUAGCAUUUUCUACGAAAUUCGCACAUAUGAUAUUAAGCCAUCGAAGAUGAAGGACUUUGUGGAAAUGGUCAACAGGUACUUUCACCUUCGCACAGCUCACUCAGAGCUGGUGGGAUUCUGGUCUGCGGAGCUGGGAGCAAUGAAUAAGGUGGUCCACAUUUGGAAGUACGAUAAUUUUGCCCAUAGGACAGCAGUCCGGCAUGCACUAGCCAAUGACAAAGACUGGCAAGGAAAAUUCAUCUCCCCAGCUCUCCCCUUGAUAGAAAAGCAGCACAAUGAGGUUGCUUAUCUGGUACCUUGGUGUCAACUUGGGAAGCCUCCAAAAGAAGGGGGAGUAUAUGAAUGGGUUACUUUCCAGAUGAAGCCUGGUGGGCCAGCAUUGUGGGGUGAAGCAUUUCAAGCUGCAAUUAAUGCUCACAUCAACACAGGCUACACGAAGCUGAUCGGUGUUUUCCACACAGAGUAUGGCUUGCUUAACACAGUCCACGUGAUCUGGUGGAACGAGAGCCCAGAUCACCGGGCAGCGGGAAGGCACAGUGCCCAUGAAGAUGCCAGAGUGGUAGCAGCUGUGCGGGACAGUGUCAGGUUCCUGGAAUCCCAGAAAAAUGUACUCCUGAUUCCUCUGCAGUGCUCGCCGCUCAAGUAACCUUCUCAAGGAUGUAACUUAUGGCAGAAAGGACAAGAUGGAAGUGCUGUCAGCCAGUGCCAUCACAUAGAUUGUUAUACCUGCAUGAACUGAGUUCUUCAGUUUCUGACAAAUGGAUGCAAAAUGCUGAUCACUAGCAAUGUAAAUCAGUAAAAUUUUGCACCCUGAUAGCAAUUGCUAAACAGAAGUUUAUGGUGAUGUUCCUACAUCCCCAG